AUGGUUGCCAAGGGCCUACUACUCGCCCUCCUCCCUCUCGUACCUCUCACCGCCGCGGCGCCGACCUGCGGUCCCAACACCCUCGAGCGUCGAGCGGGCAGGGGCAUAAUGGGCAUCGGCGACAUCAGGCAGGACGAAUGCGGGCCCGGCAGGAGCUGCAGGCGACCGAGCGCCGGUCCCGCGCCCGGUCGGUACCAGUCGGGUCCCUGCGAGCGGAUCGGCGCGUACUUGGACAGCGUGGGGGGUCUCGUGCCGCCGAGUCCUUCCGUCUCGGGCCAGGGCCGGCGGCUCGACGAGACUGUUGUCUACGACGACCAGGGCAAUCCCCGCUGGGCCAAUCACAACAAGCCCGACCCGAGGGGGGCGGCCGCGCAGGCUGCAAUGGCGCGUGCGAAACCGCAAAAGGCGUCGGGGGCGGGCUCGUCCAAGUCCAAGAAAAAGUCGUUCUUUGGGCUGUUUUAA